GCUCCGUACGCGUGUGUGCAGGUCGGUAUCAGGCAUCGAUAGCAAGCAAAUACAUCUCCAUAGGUACACGUACUUCCCGACAGCUCAGCCAUGCCGUUGAACAUCCUGAAGCACAAAAGUUGGAAUGUAUACAACACGUCAAACGUUGAGAGAGUUCGGCGAGAUGAGGACGCCGCUAGGAGAAAAGAAGAGGAGGAGGAAAUGCGCAUGCAAGACGCCGAUAGGGAACAACGCCUUAACAUCCUCCAUGCAAGAGCGGCAGAGUCUCGAAAUAGGGAUGAAACGCUGUUAUAUCAAGGGGACAUAUACCACGGCGCAAGAGCCCCAAAUCGCUCUCAUCAUGAUUGCGAGGUGCUUUCAGUCCACUGAUUACGAGAUGUCGUGAUGCUGACACUCCAAACAGAGCCUGAACACCAGUCGUAACUUCCUCAACCCGGAAGAGAGUAAUCAACGGCCAAGCUCGAGGACACGCCAGCAACAAAGAGAU